UAAAAUGAAGCAAGGUCUCCUUCCUAGCUUAGAAGAUCUGCUUUUCUAUACUAUUGCGGAAGGACAAGAAAAAAUACCAGUUCAUAAAUUCAUAACUGCACUCAAAUCAACAGGAUUACGUACAUCUGAUCCACGAUUGAAAGAGUGCAUGGAUAUGUUAAGACUGACCCUUCAGACAACUUCAGAUGGUGUUAUGCUGGACAAAGACCUUUUUAAAAAGUGUGUACAAAGUAAUAUUGUGUUGCUUACUCAAGCUUUCAGGAGGAAGUUUGUCAUUCCAGAUUUUAUGUCGUUUACUUCACAUAUUGAUGAGUUAUAUGAAAGUGCUAAAAAACAAUCUGGAGGAAAGGUUGCUGACUAUAUUCCACAACUGGCCAAGUUCAGCCCUGAUUUGUGGGGUGUGUCACUUUGCACAGUGGAUGGACAGAGGCAUUCUGUUGGCGAUACCAAAGUUCCGUUUUGUCUUCAGUCCUGUGUAAAGCCUUUGAAAUAUGCUAUUGCUGUUAAUGAUCUUGGCACAGAGUAUGUGCAUAGAUAUGUUGGUAAAGAACCUAGCGGACUGAGAUUCAACAAAUUGUUCCUGAAUGAAGAUGACAGGCCUCAUAACCCUAUGGUGAAUGCUGGAGCAAUUGUGAUCACGUCUUUAAUCAAGCAAGGAGCAAAUAAUGCAGAAAAAUUUGACUACGUGAUGCAAUUCAUGAAUAAAAUGGCUGGUAAUGAGUAUGUUGGAUUCAGUAAUGCUACGUUCCAGUCUGAAAGAGAGAGUGGAGAUAGAAACUUUGCAAUCGGCUAUUACUUGAAAGAAAAAAAGUGCUUUCCUGAAGGCACGGACAUGGUUGCUAUACUAGACUUCUAUUUUCAGCUUUGCUCAAUAGAAGUAACGUGUGAAUCGGCAAGUGUGAUGGCAGCAACUCUGGCUAAUGGUGGCUUUUGCCCAAUCACUGGUGAAAGAGUACUGAGUCCUGAAGCAGUCCGGAAUACCUUGAGUUUAAUGCAUUCCUGUGGCAUGUAUGACUUUUCAGGGCAGUUUGCCUUCCAUGUUGGUCUUCCUGCAAAGUCUGGAGUUGCUGGUGGGAUUCUUCUGGUUGUUCCUAAUGUCAUGGGCUUGAUGUGCUGGUCACCUCCUUUGGACAAGAUGGGCAACAGUGUUAAAGGAAUUCACUUUUGUCAUGAUCUGGUUUCUUUGUGCAAUUUCCAUAACUACGAUAAUUUGAGACACUUUGCAAAAAAGCUUGAUCCUCGCAGAGAAGGUGGUGAUCAGCGGCAUUCCUUUGGACCAAUGGACUAUGAGAAUCUCCAGCAAGAACUUGCUUUAAAAGAAACAGUAUGGAAAAAAGUGUCACCUGAAUCAAACGAGGACAUCUCCAGAACCGUAGUGUAUAGAAUGGAAGGUCGGGGAGAGCAAAACUAA